UUCUCCUCACCAGCUGCCCAGGGAGUGUCUCAGCUGCACCGGUUAAAUAACGACACUCGUUGCUGGAAAAUUGCGAUUUUCGCCAAAAAUAACGCAUGUUUUGAAAAAAAGGCAGUCGCGAAAUCGCACAAAAUGUCUUCCAGAUCGGAUCCCAGCGUUGAGAAUGCAAGUGAUGAUUCAGACAGACUGUUCGUCGACGAGGAGGACACCAAGCACGAGCCGAUUCUCAGCGAACUGCAGGCCCACUUCGACCUUGGCGAGACCCUGGGCCAGGGUGGGUUUGCCAAGGUCAAAUUGGCAAAGCACCGAGUCACGAAUCUCAACGUUGCCAUCAAGUGCAUGGACAAAAUAGUUAUCGGGCAUGAAUUAAAACGGAUUUACAAGGAAAUAGAGGCGUUGAAAUCGUUCGACCACCCCAAUGUUUGUCGUCUUCUGCAGGUUAUUGAAACAAACACGAGGAUAUAUUUGGUGUUGGAAUACUGCGCUGGAUCGGAAUUAUUUGAUUAUAUUGUCAAGUCGCAAGAUUUGACCGAAGUCCAGGCGAGGAAGUUUUUCCGGGAUAUGCUGAGCGGCGUUGCGUACAUUCAUCACAAAGGCUACGCGCACAGAGAUAUUAAACCAGAAAACAUGUUGCUGGAUGAGAAUAAUCGAGUCAAGUUGAUCGAUUUUGGUUUGUGUGCAAAUCCUGCUGGCGGAUUAGAUGAGCAGUUGGCCACUUGUUGUGGUUCGUAUGCAUACGCAGCGCCAGAACUUCUCCGGGGCGUACAAUAUUUAGGUACCAAGGCUGAUAUCUGGAGCAUGGGUGUCGUCCUCUUCACCCUUCUCUGUGGUGAGCUUCCAUUUGAGGACAAAAACAUUCAAAACUUGCACAACAAAAUUCAAAAAGGGAGAUUCUCUGUGACCAAGCCGCUCUCUCCUGAGGCCCUGAACAUUCUCCACAGAAUGUUGGAUGUGAACGUCAACAGACGUAUCACCAUCGAAGAUCUCUGCAAGCACCCCUGGAUGCUUGCGGACGGUUCAAAACCAGUCACUUGGAAAAUGCCUUGCUUUUUGGAUAAUUUGGAUGCCGAAAUAGUCAGGCUGAUGGCCCAAGCUUUUAACACGGAUGACAAUAAGAUGGCUCAGGAGUUGAAAAGGUGGAAAUACGACGAGAAAACCAGCACCUACAUUCUUCUGCGCAUGAGAAAGGACAAAGGAAAGCCACUGCCGAGACUUAGGUGCUUGACCGCCAAGAGCAGAGCGCCGCCCCGGCCUGAGGAAAAGCAGAGUGGGACUGGAGAAACUCCGACCAGGGUGACAAGAGCAGGGAGUUUGAGAUCUCGAUCGCCCAAGCUGGGAGCAAAACGACAAGCACCACCUGAGGUGCCAGAGAGGGUCUCCAAAAGGCCCAAAAUGACCAACGAAGUUUCAACUCCAGCUCGAAGAAAUCCUCCACCUAUUCCUCGGACGCCUGUAGCCCCGACUGCAGUGAGGUCUCCUUUGACAACUCCCAAAUGCAAUGUUGCAACGCCGAAAAGUCAGAGGGUCUGUGCCACGCCGACGUCCACCAUGAAAACUCCAGUUCAACAAAAGAUCGAGCCGAAAGGGACGCCGUCCACCCGCAAGAGGGUCAUGCACGCCAUCAACAGCAUCUUCCGCACGCCCGGACCCAAAAACCAGAAGGACUCGCCCAAAGUUCUUGAUGAGAAGGCCAUGAACAACGUUUCGACAACUGCUUGUGACGAUCCUGACCACGUUCUGAAGGAACUGCGACUCGCCCUGAGAAAGCAGAAUAUUUUAUGUCACCAAAAAGGUUACACUUUGGAGGGAAGAAUUCGUCACUCUGACGGCAAAGUGCGCCUGUCCUUUGAGCUGGAGAUCUGCUUUGUGGGUCCGAGCAAGCAGGUUGGCAUUCGUCGCAAGAGACUCAAGGGUGACGUUUGGUGCUACAAGCAGGUCCUCGAACAGGUGUUGGCCGUCACUUCGCUCAACCAGAAGAACAAGUAGUGCAAUUGAUAUUUGAAUUCAACACAAAAAUACCAGAAAUUGUUAAUAUUUGACUUGUUUCGUUCGUUUUGAAACGACAAUACAGAGAUAUUGUAUAAUAUUCUUCCUUCGGCUUUUGAGAGGAAAAAUGUGGAUAUUACUCGCAUUUAUUGAUAUUACUAACCUCAUUUAUUUUACAGUAUGAAAGCAGCUUUAUUUUAUGUGCUUUGAAAAUACAAUUUAGCCAUAUUAGAAAAUAAGUUUAUUUUUUACCUGAAAAUAAAUUUUGAU